AUGUUCAAUUGUCCAUCAUCAAAGUGCCGAUGGAAGGGUGCUUGCAUUGAUCAAUAUUUUCCCCACGUCCAACGGAUGCACGACCCUUUGAAUGGAUACAUGUGCCUACACAACUGUGGCCGUUUACUGACAUCAAUCACUAGUCUACGAAAACACGUGUUAUUAUGCAGAGACCAAAAUAAAAUUGAGGCCGAAAAUCAAAGCAGCUCUAGAGAAAAUGUUCAAAGCGAAAUUGAAAUCGGAAAUCAAAGCAGUUCCAGAGAAAAUGAUCAAAAUGAAAUCGAAGUCAGAAAUCAGCUCCAAGACUCUAUUGAUACUGGAAAACUUGUGACUGUUGAUGCAAAUAGAUUGAGUUUGAGCAUGACCUUGAAAUGGCUUAGUGAAAAUGGAAUGGCAAGAAAAGUGGCAUUUGACAUCAAUAGAGAUAUUAAGCGGAAUGUAAUCGAGCCACUGAGUUCAGUAAUUAACGAUCUACAAAUGGCUGGAGCUAUGACAAAUGAAGGUAAACAGUUGCUGGACUCGAUGCUUGGAAGCUAUAAUUGCACAUCAGAGUAUAAAUUCAUACAGCAGCUGAAAACAGAUGGAUUUUACGAGGACCCGACGUUUUUUACUAUCAAUGAAGAGCUACUUCUAUCGUCUGCGUGUCUUGAACGGCUUAUCUACUAG